UUGAACUCACACCGACUCUUAGCUUGUAAGCCAUUACCAAAACACUAUUCGAUCUGCCCUUCACUGCCACCCAACUUCACUACUACGAGUUUGCCAGCCAUCAUCAUAUAAUGGCAAGCAAGCUCACUGAAAUGUCCGACGAAGAAAUCCUGAACUUCAUCAAUGGAAAGUAUUCUCCGGGGGACAGCACUGCCUUUGAUGUUGGUGAUCUUUUCACGAUCACUAAGACCAUCAUUGAUCAUGCAACCCGUAAUUCGAUGGUCGAUGAUAUUCUGAAGUCGGCCAAUGCCCUGAAUGAGAAGGUCCCCAACAUCAACGACAGCUUCAUCUCGCCAUUGUGCACUCUUAAGUCCAUUUGCUGCGAGAUGUCAUCAUGUAUGGAUAAGGCUUGUUCUGGUGAAGAAAUUUCCAUCCAACCAAGGACGGAAGUGAUAUUUGACAAGCUAAAACCCUAUCCAUGGGACGCUAAGGCAGUGCUGGCCCUAGCGGCUUUCGCUUUGGAAUACGGAGACUUCUGGCACCUCGCCCAGCUCUAUGGCCAAUGUAACCAACUCACCAAUUCACUGGCUAUCCUGAAGCGAGUACCCGUCCUAACCAAGCAUGCGAUCUUGGAGAAACGCAAGGAGGAAGUACUUGAGCUGAACCAUCUCAUCAAGGCUACUUUGCAAGUGACUGAUUUCAUCUUUAAGGUUGAGGAUCUUUUUGUUCACAAUCAUAACGAGAAUGUAAAAGAGUUGGACAAGGCAGUAAAGAGUAUCCCAACCUAUGUCUUCUGGACCAUCACAACAAUUGUAGCUUGCGCGGUUAAGGUCACCCAUCUCACUAGUGAUGAGGAGGAGCCAUACCCUCUAUCCUAUCUUGUUACUAAAAUCGAGGGCAUACUGAAGAUCCUUGAGGAACAGCAUGCAAGUUGCGAAAAAGAACUAGAUAAAUUAAAGAAGCACAGGAAGUUGGUCAGGAUAAUGUCGGAAGCCCGAAGCACUCAUCAGAUCAUGAACGUUAUUAACACCCUGAUUCAGUUCAGGGAUGAUGGGAAGCUACCCACCAUUAGUGUCGGUAGCAGUGUCAAGGAGGUUAAGUCUGAAAUAUUUGUCGAAGAAAUAAAGGAUAAUUAUGUGCUGUUUUACAUUUCAAGUUUGGAGAACAAUAAGAAGGAUGACAUUUCACAUCUGAAAGAAGUUCAUGAUCAAUUUCCUAAAAAGUAUAAAAAUUGGACGAUUGUGUGGAUCCCUAUUGUGGAAGAUUGGACGGAAGACCAUAGAAAAAAGUUUGAGGAGUUGGCAUCGGAGAUGCCAUGGUACAAGGUCCAGUUUUUUUCUUCAAUAGUGAUCAAGUUCCUCAGCGCGGACGACAGGUUGUCCUUCAAGGGUAAUCCGAAGUGCGUGGUGAUGAGCCCACAAGCGCAACUGCAAAGCCACAAUACACUCGACUUGAUCCGGAAAUAUGGAAUCAAUUUCUUUGAUCAUUUGUUUCCAGUGGUGGUCCCUCCAGGUCCUCUACCGGUGGUCCCUCCAGAGGACCCCCGCUUAGAACUAAAGCCAUUUUUUGAGAGUUUGAAGAACGAAGAACUCAAAAAGUUGAGCAAAGAUAAAAAGACGUGCAUUUUCUUCUUUGGAGGCACAGUUGAGUCGUGGAUCAAGUUGGAAAAGAAUGUGAAGGAAGUAAACGAUACCGUCAAGGUAUUCGGGGUGGCGAUUGAGUUAAGUAGAGUGGUGUUACACGAAGCAGAGGCAGGAGAAUCAAAAUACUCGGAAACUCAUGAGGCCUUUUGGUCGGGGAUAGAGAACUUGUUAUUGUCCUUGCUUGAUCACUACAACGAAGUGGAGUACAAGAUCGUGAAAGCCGAACUUCACAAGCUACUGUCCUACAAACAUGGGGAAUGGAUUAUGGUUAGCCAAAAGUAUGAGCUUAUAGCCAGUUGUCGUCCUGCCACAAUAUUUGACGUCCUGGAAAACAUGUCACAGUCGAAGCCAUCUAUUUCAUUAUUGGGAAGCUAUAUCCAAAAUUUUAUAGCCAAUAAGCCGUGGUCACCUCCUUCCGAAUGCUGCCAAUUUGUCAAUCCCGGAAAUCCUCCCAAGAUCAUGGACUGCCCAUUCUGCCGCCAUCCCAUGGAAACCAUCUCUGUCGCCUACAAGUGCUGCCACCCUGGAUAUCCCCACAACUAGUCAUUGCCAUUGUCACCGUGGAAUCAGAUUGCUGUGUGCCUGCGUGUUUUUUUUUUCUCUCUUUUCGUUUGCGUUGUGUCUUUAAUAGAAUAAUGUACGUACGCGACCUGUUAGAAUUAAGUACGUAGUACUGGUGUGUUUGUACGGGCAGGAGUCCUUGAUUUGAACAAUAAUGGGCAAUAUCAUCACGUUGGUGAUGCAAAUUGAUGCCCACCAGUGUGCUUGUUUCCAGUAUUACUACUGCAAUAAUUAAUAUUGUGCUACUCGUUUGAAUAACCUUAUGCUUUG